AUGACUCCUACGCUUUUUGACGUAGCUGCCAUUUCUGGACUUCCUCCGACAAGAGAAACCUUCGACCCCUACCAAUACUGUGAAAACUUGAUUGACUUCAACGUCAAGAAUGCUUCGUUCAGUACUUAUAUUAAUCUGUAUCAUGCUGAUGGGGAAGAAGUUUCCGACAUAGAACAUAUAGCAUUCUUAGGUCUAUGGUUGUCCAAAUUCUUCUUCUGUUGUAAAUCUCUGCAAGUUGCAAAGAGAUUUUUAACACUUGCUAACCAAUUGCAUGUUGGUCGAAGAGUGUGUUUAAGUGAACUCUUAUUGGCUAGUUUGUAUGAAAGUCUAGGAUCGACUAGUGCCAAGUUAAAGGAGUAUGAAGCUGGUACCAACUUAUUACUAUCUGGGCCUUAUUGGCUUCUUCAAUUGUGGCUCGAUGCCACUUUCGAAUCCGUUUUGCCAACACAAGGAAACGUUGAUGAAAGUGCCCCAGAGAUAAUAAAUCGAAGCAUUGAAGGCAACAGACUCCUUCAACUGACUCCAGUUGAUGAUGUUGACAACUUACAAACUUCCCUCACCAAAUACACCUUGAUGUUCUCGAAGCGUCACCAUUUCUUUCCUUCGAUGGCUCCUUUUGCCAGUCGAACCCAUGGUCCUUCCUGGUUCACUGCUUCGCUCGAAGAUGCUGUGAAGAACGCCAACACAGAGAUCGAAGAUAUAUGGCGUGCCUUUCUCUUUCCAAGGCUGCUUGUUUCUAGGAUCUUGCCAUUAAAGAGUCAUGUGUGUCAGUUGGCUUAUCAACCUAAUUUUGUCUCUCGACAAUUUGGGUUGUGUCAACUUAUUCCUGUUUCUUUAUUCAAUCGAAAGCGCGAGAUCUGUUGUGCAGGGACUGAAUGGAGCGCUCGAGACAUUGCAACCCACGAAGAAUUCCAUGUAAACUUUGCUGAAUUCCAAUUAAUAGCCUACCAUCCGUCGUUCUACUCCACCAAUGAUUUCGUCACUUGGUGGAUAGAUUUCUAUUCCAAGAAUAUGUUUUCUACUGCUGAAAUCAAAGAACCAUUCGAAAGAAAGGUGGCGAAGAAAGAGAAGCCUGUGGCGAAAGCUAGUUCGAAUACUGCUUCUAAGCCAACUACCUCUUCAAGCCAGGGAGUGCCUUCUUCCAAGGAUACUGCUCCAGAAAAAACGAAGAAGAGUUCAAAGGGUAGUGGCAAGCCUCCUUUGACGCCCAAGAAAAGAAAAGUCCUCACUGCCAAUGUAAUUCUUGUCGAAGAUGAUGAAGAAGAUACUCCUCCAACUCCACUUAAGAAAAAGCAGAAAAAGAAUAAGGAUAAACCUAUCACUCCCCUCAUUUCUACCGCCAAUCAGAGUGAUCCUUCGAGCGGAACGAAUCCAUCUUCUCCUCUAACAAUCAGCAAUGCUGUCCAAAAUAAAGGAUCUUCGAUUGGAGCCCAAAAUCUCGAAGCAGAUAAUGCCCAAAACAAAUAA